CUUCCGGUUUCGAGGAAGAUGGUUUUCUUGCAAGGCUGAGAUUAUUGUGAAAUUCAGCACAAAUGACUCACAAAAGAAUCUCUCGUUAUUCUUCAAGCACUUAAUACGUUGUUUAUGAUGUCUAAGAAAAUUGUCAGUGGACGUUCAAAUAUCCACAAGGUCAACAGAGAGAAACGACCUGAAUUUGAUGAAAUUGCAAUUUACUUCUCAAAGGAGGAGUGGGAGAGUUUGGAAGAAGAUCAGAAGGCGCUUUACAAGGAUGUUAUAAUGGACAACUUCAGAACCCUGCAGUCUCUAGGAACUAUCAAUUGCAAACCUCCAGUUGUCAUGAAGAUUGAACAGGGGGAAGAGCCGUAUGUGACUGGGUACCAGCAUGUUAAUGACAACGAACAUCUUAUAGAUACUAGGAAAGCUCUAAAAACGGAGUUAUCAUAUAGCAGUAACCGCCGUCAAUCAGGGAUAGCACAUGACCAUUCAGGCACAUCAACAAAUUUAAUGUACGGACCUUCUACGGUUCCACCACGGACACCAGUUGGAAGGACUUUACCUGCACAGGAAGCAUCAGAACCUUUCUGUUCAACUUCAACCUCGCAGGGUGUCCAUUAUUCUCCUUAUCAAUGUUCCAGUGGGGUGAAGUUGGCUAAUAAAACUUCCUCUUCAUUGGCUCCAGCUGCUGUACGCUACCGUCCUUUUGGGAAAGCGGGUCUUCAACAGAGACCAGAAACAGCAAGGAUCUUAGACACUGGUAUAUUGGGUUCAGGGUCGCAGAUAAUGUCUGGCCAGUCGGUCAGAAGGAAGCGAAGUAUCAGAGGACGAGGGAGAGCUCAUGAGCUUAGCCGGACAAAGUUGGGUAACCAAGGCCGUGGUCCAGAACCAAACGAUGAGGAUGAGAGACAAAGGGGGCUCAGGUUCACACACAAGGAGAACGAGGUGCUAAUUAGGUCCAUCCUGGAAAGGGCAGGGGAAUUAUUCAGUAUUAGGAAAAUGAAAGGAUCGGCGUCUUAUAAAAAGGCGUUGUGGAAACAGGUUGGUGCCGCUGUCAGCAACGUAGGAAUUUGCAAGAGGUCUGUAGAGGUUUGCAAGAAGCGAUACCAAGACUGUAAGAGAAUAGUCCGGCAGAAGAUGUUAGAGAGAGAACUGCACUCUAAAGGUGGCGGUCCUCGGGGGGACUUCAGAUUCAACUCUUGGGAAGAGAUGUUACGUAGGCAUUUAAGACAUACUACGCCUGCAAAAGAGGGGACUGCUUGGGACACAUCCACAAUACAAGCCCCUGGUUAG